UACUCUAGUAUUUUGUUAAUUUGGUAGUAAUCCUACAAUUUUAAUUAAUAGGCGUUUUUAUUACAAAUUGUUUUAAUAUUUUAUAUAAAAUAUAGACACUAAGCUAAACAAAUUAAAAUUAUUUUAGUAAUUUAUAAUUUUUAAAAAUGCUAUAUUAUAACAUUGUAUUUGUUAUCUGUAUGGGAUCAGCCCUGAGUGUUGACAAUCACCAUGAAGUUGGUUCGGAUCAACAGCACAACCAAUUGCAUACUUUGGCCUCAAAUAUUUUGCAAAGUAUGCAAAAUGAGUAUAUACCAAGUGAUGCUUCUCAUACCGGUGCCCAUAAUGCGCCACUUCAUGUCAUCAAUAAUUUGGACAAAAAUGGUUUUUUGUCUGAAUUUGUAGACAAAACUAAAAAAAUAAAAGUUACGGUUGGAGUCAAAGGAGUUAAGUUUGUUUCAGUUGAAAGCAACGGCAAAGUAGUCAACAUUAGCGAAGCCUUUGGUGUCGGAGCCGCCGCUCUCUAUACUAUUGUUUCGGAUAAUAACUCGGAUGACGACUCAUAUAAUAGAUAUGUUAUGCAAGAAGAGACCGACCAAGAGAUUGAAACAAUAAUCAAACAGAUGGGCGACAACUAUGUCGAUAUUUUACCAGAAGCCGGACGUAAUGAAACAAAAAUAGUACUAGGUCAAAAAGCUAAAUUUACAAUUAAAAUUGAACCAAAACAUCAAAACAAGGGACCCAUUAAAGUAAAUGUAGAUCACGGCUAUGUUGCCGGUGCUAUAGUUAAUGUAACCAAAGGAUAUAAAAAUACCAAUUAAAAUAUAAUAAUCUGUAUAUAAUAUAUCAUACUAUAUAUAUAUAUAUAUUGAUUA